GCUCAACUCGUCUUCCUCUUCGCAGAGUCGCCUGGGAUGUUGAUGUGAGCGUCACAUAUGUUCCGGCACAACCUUCUGUUCUUAGAGCAGCCGGCUUUUGAGUUUGAGUGUGAGCGCGUGAGAGUAGGAACAUUCAGUGAGUUGUGAGAAAAGCGAACUCCUGCUGAGCAGCAACCACGAUCAUCAUGAGCCGACGCACGUGUUGUCAGCGUGCAGAUGUUGACGAGCAGCUUGUAGCUUGCCCUGCCAACUACAGUUUUUUCAGGACCUCCUAACUGUAAACAUUUUUUGAUAGAGAAAGAGAAUGAUCAUGGUCAUCAUGCGCUCCUUGACCUUGACAUCUUCAAACUGGUAUUCCCUGUGCAUGCUUCUGUCCGGCCCCUUCGUGGUGCUGUCGAUGGUUUCGUAGUCAUCUACUUCCGAAGUGGAGCUGGUCUUUUCAGUAAUCAUCAUCUUACCCUAUUCUAUUUAUCCCAUUAUUUUUCCGCUGUAGCCCCGCACGGCACUUGUUCGUUCCACCAGCGCAUAGAUAAACCUUACAGGCUUGGCCUGAAGAACUAUGGUCGCCUCAUCAUCUCAACCAGUGCACGAUGAGAAGCAGACCCUCCGGCCCAUUUGUGUUGCGUUCAAGCAGGGCCGCUGCCAAUUUGGGGAUUCGUGCUUUUUCCGGCACGAAUUGGACGAUGAUACAACAAAAGCAAAAAGUGACUCUUUUCAGACCACCCUCCUCAUUUGUUGCGCACCAUUUGCUUCUUCAGGGACGAAGAAGAAACAAAACAAAAUCAGUCCGACUACAGACGGAGGCGCCGCAGCGAAUUACAGUACUGCCGCUGCGGACGAAUUGCUUCACUACUUUGAUGAAACGCUGGAUACCAUCCACGAAAAUAAGAACUGGUUCUUUGACGACGACAUUGAUUCCGAAAACGUCACGCCAAGGGUCGUUUCCCAAGAAGAGCUGAAACAGCAGCCAACCUCUUACCGCAACAAGCAACAGCAGACCGCGACACGAUAUUACGCACCGAAGUCCGCCGCUGGUGGUGUUUUGGGUUCAAACACGUACGAGGCGCAGUUCGCAGCAAGGGCGAAACAGAAGGAAAGGAUGAAGCAGCGAAUUCUGGAAAAGGAAAGCCAAAAAAAUACCGGGCAUGUUUCCAAUGCUGAGGCGCAGCAAAAACCUCCAGGAUCAGUUCGUAGUCGCGAUACCACGCCAAGAACGAAUUCAAAGGUCACGCCUCGAUCUGAUUCGAAAACAGCAGGAGCCGAUAGUACUCCACAAACUGAUCCGGCCGCUGGGGAAAAAGAAAAGGAAAAGCAGCAGCAGGAGAGCCAGCAGAUGCUCAAGGAAUUGGUGUACGACGAGAACGCAAAAGCCUACUACCACACGCCCAUAUCCAGGAAAAAAACACUCAUUUCCAUCCAUUUUCUGCAUGACAAGCAUUGGAGUUUAUGCAUUUUUUGCAUGAUAAAUUGGAUGGGGGUGGGUGAUUUUUCCUGGAUAGCCAACUGGCUAUUACUACGACUUUGAGGGCGAGCCCUUUGUGUUCGACGACUUCGGCUACCGCUGCUUCUGGGAUGAAGAAAUGAAGCCGUACUACAUCGACGAAAACAAUGACGCGUGGUAUUAUGACGAUCACGAGGAGUACCAGGAGUAUUACCAGACGGUCCGGAACUAUGAGCUUUUGGAGGAGAAGCAAAAGGAAGAGGAAAAAAUAGCGGAAGAAAAACGGCGGGAAAAGGAAAGGCUGGAGCAGGAGUUUCUCGAGAAGGAACGAAAAAGACGGCCGAAGUUUAAAUAUGCAUAGGCAAACCUUGAAUCCGCCCUCACGGGGAUGCGUCACAACAAACACUCCAACAAGCCAAGCGAAAAACACGACGAAGGGUAGCGUGGUCAGAAAUUUAAGAAAUUCAUAUAUAUACAUGGAGUACCAGUUGGUGUUGAUGAGAGUACUAAGUCUAGAACUAAUACUAAAUCUGAAGUCUGUGCAACGAAUGUGCCGUGACGAGUGCUAAGGUAUCAAGUUUGCCAUGCAUAUCAAGACGAAGAAGCAGAUAGAGGAGGAGAUGAGUAUGGAAAGACAGCGAAAGUUGGAGGAAAGAAAAGAGAGAGAAAAAAAUCAGCAGAAGUUUCCUUACAACUACAAUUCAUCCUCGUUCGACGCCGCAGGAGACGACCAGUCUUAUGGUGAUGCUAACACCAACACGUCGUCCCAAAAGAACGACCAAAAGGCCGGAACCAGGACGGGCUCCUACCGAAAUGGAGGCAGGUCAACGUCAAACCAGCACCAGCAGCCGAGGAGCGCAACCGCAGGGAACGGCAACAAAAAUCCUGGAAAUAAAGCGAUUAUCCACGACGAGCGAAAUUGAUAUCGAUGCCCCCGUGCUGUACAACCAUGCAUGAGAAGACUCCAUGUCCCUGCUCAUUCAACAGCAUGUCGCGUGCCAUUUUUUUAGCAUUGUGUCAUUCUUUUUGUACCAGCGUGGGCGUGCCCAGGCAUCGUCGCAAAUUUGUCUUGCAUAACGAUGACGACGCAGUCCGAUGUGAACGACGCACAGGUGAAAAUCAACCAAGCAAUUCAGAAGCUGAUGAGGGAAAUGAAGCAGAUAAAAAAUCCGAAGGAGAAGAAAGUUUACUUCAAGAAGUGUUUGCUAAGGUUUCAUCCGGACAAGAACGCAGAGGAAGAAAAAUUUGUGGUGAUAUCCUACGUAAAAAGCUACACCACCCACACGGUGGCCUCCGCGAACACGUCGGCCAGAGUUGUUUCAGUUCUUUUGUUGUGCCAUGCAUGGAGCCCCCCAUCCUUGCAUCUAUGUAUAUAAAGUAAGUACUAGUAGCAAGAGCGUUUUCAUCCUGCUGAGCUCCUUGAAGUAGACUACAGAGGUGUUUGCGGUGGCGCUUUUUCCGAUUUUUGCGGAGGAUAACCGACCUGCGUCUUCCAAUGGCUCCAGGAAGAAAAAGAGAAGUUCUUGGCUUAAACACCAGGACUGCUGGUUUAAGCUGUUUCGAAAAAAUGACUCUCGUGUAUGAUGUCCUCGAUGAAAUAAUUCUAACGCGUACAGUGGGCACACCGCGGUCCGAAUACGCUUUCCCGUUUCGACUUCUAAAUGUUUUCAAACAACAAGCCAUAAUGCACAUGAAAUAUGCACGUUGAAAGCAAUUGCUCU